UUUCUCGAUGACAGUCAAAACCGCCUUCAGUUCGGUCCCUCAUCAAUUCUAUGCCCUAACCUAGAAAGCUCUACAAUUUGCAGAGUUUAAUUCCAUAUUAAGAAAUUCAUGCGAUUUCUUCAUCUCCACCGCCAUCUCUAUGUACAGUCUCGUUUGUCGUCAAUAUAAUUCUUCAGUUAUUCAAUAUUUGAAUUAAAACCCUUGUGCUUAUAUCCACUGCAAAAAUACUGUGAACAAACCCUAGGUUCUUUUUUAUCCUUCGAUUUUUCAUCAUGAGCCCUGUUCAGAAUUUUGAGGAGCAUUCUCGCCACCUCAUUGAACUCAACCUCGAUACUCAGACGAGGCUACGGAUGGCUUUGGAAGUUCGGGAUAGUCUGGAGAUAUGCCACACAGGGGAGUACUUAAAUUUCUUAAGAUGCUACUUUCGGGCAUUUUCUGCCAUUUUAUAUAACAAUACGAAGCCACAGUUUGUUGAUAAUCCCGAGCACAAGCUUCGUAAUAUUGUCAUUGAAAUCCUCAACCGCCUUCCUCAUAGCGAGGUCCUCAGGCCUUUCGUUCAGGAGCUUCUAAAAGUUGCAAUGCACGUGCUCACAACGGACAAUGAGGAAAAUGGAUUAAUAUGCAUUAGGAUUAUCUUUGACUUGCUUAGAAAUUUUAGGCCCACAUUAGAGAAUGAAGUUCAACCGUUUUUGGAUUUUGUCUGCAAAAUUUAUCAGAAUUUUGGGGCCACUGUCAGUUAUUUUUUUGAGAGUGGGGCCGAGGUGGCGCCACCACCAGCCCCAGCGUCAACUUCGGGGUCUGUGGGCUCCUCAUUCCUCAGUGAUGAAGUGAAGUCAAUGGAGGUUUCUCACGAAGUAGGUACCUUAAGUGGGUAUGUUGGGGCUUCAGGGCAGCUUAAUCCAAGUACGAGGUCGUUUAAGGUUGUUACGGAGAGUCCGUUAGUUGUUAUGUUCCUCUUUCAGUUGUAUAGCCGUCUUGUUCAGACCAAUAUUCCACAUCUAUUGCCAUUGAUGGUGGCAGCAAUAUCAGUCCAGGGUCCAGAAAAGGUUCCCCCCCAUUUGAAGGCUCACUUUAUUGAGCUGAAGGGUGCACAAGUCAAGACUGUGUCUUUCUUAACUUACUUGCUGAAGAGCUUUGCUGAUUAUAUCAAGCAACAUGAAGAAAGCAUAUGCAGAAGCAUAGUGAAUCUGCUUGUCACUUGCUCUGAUUCGGUUUCUAUUCGAAAGGAAUUAUUGGUAGCUCUGAAACAUGUUCUUGGCACAGAUUUUAAGCGUGGUUUAUUUCCUCUAAUCGAUACACUUCUGGAUGAAAGGGUCCUAGUUGGAACUGGCCGGGCCUGCUUCGAGACAUUGAGGCCUUUGGCUUAUAGUCUUCUAGCAGAGAUUGUUCAUCAUGUGCGGGGAGAUCUUUCUUUGUCUCAGUUAUCUCGGAUUAUUUACCUUUUCUCUAGCAACAUGCAUGAUGCCUCACUGUCGCUCAGCAUUCACACUACCUGUGCUCGGUUAAUGUUGAACCUGGUGGAACCCAUUUUUGAGAAGGGUACUGAUCAUUCUUCGAUGGAUGAAGCACGUAUUUUGUUGGGCCGAAUUUUGGACGCAUUUGUUGGAAAGUUUAACACCUUUAAGCGCACUAUUCCUCAGCUACUGGAAGAGGGAGAGGAGGGAAGAAACCGAUCUAGCUUGAAGUCAAAACUUGAAGUCCCAGUACAGGCCGUCCUUAAUUUGUCAGUCCCUGUGGAGCAUUCCAAGGAAGUCAAUGACUAUAAGCAUCUGAUAAAGACCUUAGUUAUGGGAAUGAAGACAAUUAUUUGGAGCAUUACUCAUGCUCAUAUACCCCGGUCACAGGUUUCAACUUCCAUAAAUGGGACAACUCAGCAAGGGCUCACUUCGACAUCAUCAAGUUCGUCAAUACCUCUACAGUCUAAAGGGAUGAGAGAAGAUGAGGUUUGGAAAGCUUCUGGUGUUUUGAAGAGUGGUGUGCACUGCAUGGCGCUGUUCAAGGAGAAAGACGAGGAGAGGGAAAUGGCCCUUCUCUUUUCCAAUAUUUUGGCCAUAAUGGAACCACGAGAUUUAAUGGACAUGUUUUCCUUGUGCAUGCCAGAGCUGUUUGAGUGCAUGAUUUCCAAUGCUCAGCUAGUGCACAUCUUUUCCACCCUACUGCAAACCCCUAAAGUAUUUCGUCCAUUUGCAGAUGUGUUAGUUAAUUUUCUUGUGAGCAGCAAACUUGAGGUUCUGAAGCACCCUGAUUCACCAGCUGCAAAACUUGUUUUGCAUCUCUUCCAGUUUUUGUUUGGUGCCAUUGUGAAGGCUCCUUCAGAAUGUGAACGUAUACUGCAACCUCAUGUUCCUGUGAUGAUGGAAACUUGCAUGAAAAAUGCUACUGAGGUUGAGAGAUCUAUUGGUUAUUUACAACUUCUUCAGAUGAUGUUUCGCGCACUUGGUGGAGGUAAGUUUGAACUUCUACUGCGGGACUUGAUUCCUUCACUGCAAUCUUGUCUGAAUAUGUUGUUGGCCAUGCUUGAGGGACCUACUGGUGAAGAAAUGAAGGAGCUUCUGCUUGAACUUUGCUUGACGUUGCCUGCACGGUUAAGUUCAUUGUUACCUCACCUUCCUUGUUUAAUGAAGCCUCUUGUUAUGUGUCUCAAAGGGACUGAUGAUCUUGUCAGUCUUGGUUUGAGGACUCUUGAGUUUUGGAUUGAUAGCUUGAACCCUGAUUUUCUGGAACCAAGUAUGGCAAACGUUACUUCCGAGGUGAUUUUGACGUUGUGGUCUCAUUUGAGGCCUGCACCCUAUCCUUGGGGGGGGAAAUCAUUACAACUUCUUGGCAAAUUAGGUGGUCGUAACAGACGUUUUCUCAAAGAGCCUCUGGCACUUGAAUGCAAAGAAAAUCCAGAGCAUGGACUUCGAUUAAUCCUGACAUUUGAGCCUUCAACUCCAUUUUUGGUUCCUUUAGAUCGUUGUAUUAGCCUUGCUGUGGUAGCUGUCAUGCACAAGAACGGUUCCGUGGAUGCUUUCUAUCGGAAACAAGCUCUAAAAUUUCUUCGUGUUUGCUUAUCAUCUCAGCUCAAUUUGCCUGGACUAGUGACUGAUGAUGGUUCUACAUCUAGACAACUGUCAAUGUUUCUAGUUUCUUCAGUUGAUCCAUCUUGGAGGAGAUCUGAGACGUCUGAUGUCAAGGCUGACUUGGGUGUCAAGACAAAGACCCAACUUAUGGCUGAGAUAUCCGUGUUCAAGAUUCUGUUGAUGACCAUAAUAGCUGCAAGUGAGGAGCCGGACUUACAUGACCCCAAAGAUGAUUAUGUUGUCCAUAUCUGUCACCAUUUUGCUAUGAUAUUUCACGUUGAGAGCCCGACAGGCCUUACUUCGAUUUCAGUCUCAUCACUUGGUGGUCCUGUGCUUCCAACCAAUUCCAAUGUUAGUUCUAAGCCAAGAAAUAGUAUUUCACUGAAAGAGUUGGAUCCUUUGGUCUUUUUAGAUGCUUUGGUUGAAGUACUAGCAGAUGAAAAUAGACUGCACGCUAAAGCUGCUCUAAAUGCGCUCAAUGUUUUUGCUGAGACACUUCUGUUCCUUGCUCGCUCUAAACAUCCUGACAUGCUCGUGUCUCGAGGAGGUCCUGGAACUCCUAUGGUUGUCUCCAGUCCUUCAAUCAGUCCAGUUUAUUCACCUCCUCCAAGCGUGCGACUUCCUGUUUUUGAGCAACUUCUACCGCGGCUUCUGCAUUGUUGUUAUGGAAGCACCUGGCAAUCACAAAUAGGAGGAGUUAUGGGACUUGGUGCUUUGAUUGGAAAGGUCACUGUUGAAACUUUAUGCCUUUUUCAAGUACGUAUUGUUCGGGGACUGGUUUAUGUUCUUAAAAGGCUUCCUACAUAUACUACUAAAGAACAGGAAGAGACAAGUCAGGUGCUUACGCAAGUUCUUCGUGUAGUGAAUAAUGUUGACGAUGCAAACAGUGAAGCACGUAGACAAAGUUUUCAAGGAGUUGUUGGAUAUCUAGCUUCAGAAUUGUUUAAUGCAAACUCAUCUGUUAAUGUGAGAAAGACUGUGCAAUCUUGUUUAGCACUUUUGGCAAGUAGGACUGGUAGUGAAGUUUCUGAAUUGCUUGAACCUUUGUAUCAACCUUUGCUACAGCCUCUUAUCAUGCGAUCCCUGCGAUCCAAGACCGUGGAUCAACAGGUUGGAACAGUUACCGCUUUGAAUUUCUGCCUGGCAUUGCGGCCUCCUCUUCUUAAAUUAACUCAGGAGCUUGUCAAUUUUCUGCAAGAAGCUCUGCAAAUAGCAGAGGCUGAUGAAACUGUGUGGGGUGCGAAAUUUAUGAAUCCAAAAGUGGCGACAUCGUUGAAUAAAUUACGCACAGCUUGCAUUGAACUCUUAUGCACUGCCAUGUCAUGGUCUGACUUUAAAACCCAAAAUCAUUCAGAUUUGCGAGCUAAGAUCAUUUCCAUGUUUUUCAAAUCCUUGACAAGCAGGACAUCUGAAAUUGUUGCCGUUGCAAAGGAAGGGCUACGACAGGUUAUUCAGCAGCAAAGGAUGCCAAAAGAACUUCUGCAGAGCAGUUUGAGGCCUAUAUUGGUUAACUUGGCACAUACCAAAAAUCUCAACAUGCCUCUCUUACAAGGUCUGGCCCGCCUGCUUGAGCUUCUAUCUAACUGGUUCAAUGUUACCUUAGGUGGCAAAUUGUUGGAGCAUCUCAAAAAAUGGUUGGAUCCUGAGAAACUCGCACAGUGCCAGAAGUCUUGGAAAGCUGGUGAAGAACCAAAAAUAGCAGCUGCUAUCAUCGAGCUCUUUCAUCUGCUUCCUUCUGCAGCUGGGAUGUUUCUAGACGAGCUUGUGUCAUUGACUAUUGAUUUGGAAGCUGCCCUUCCACCUGGACAGUUUUAUAGCGAGAUCAACAGUCCAUAUCGCCUCCCUCUCACUAAAUUUCUUAAUCGUUAUCCCACAGCUGCUGUCGAUUAUUUUCUUACUCGAUUAUCUAAUGACAAGUACUUCAGGCGGUUUAUGUAUAUAAUACGGUCAGAUGCUGGCCAACCUUUGAGAGAGGAACUCGCAAAAUCACCGGAAAAGAUAUUAGCUAGUGCUUUCCCUGAUUUUUUACCCAAAUCUGACGUAUCAACAGCUCAGGAAUCUUUCAGUUCGCCUGCUGUUUUAAUGGGUGAUGGCGGCCAUAUUACUCCUAAAGCCGAGAGUUCUGUUCAGCCAACUACGACUUCAGCUGCAGCAUCUGAAGCCUAUUUCCAGGGUCUUGCUUUAAUCAAGACUCUUGUAAAAUUGAUGCCUGGCUGGUUGCAAAAUAACCGUGUUGUAUUUGACACAUUGGUUCUCAUAUGGAAGUCCCCAGCCAGAAUUUCCCGUUUGCAAAAUGAGCAGGAAUUAAACCUAGUGCAAGUGAAAGAAAGCAAGUGGCUUGUCAAAUGUUUUCUGAAUUACUUUAGGCAUGAUAGAACGGAGGUUAAUGUGCUAUUUGAUAUUCUAUCCAUCUUCUUGUUUCGCACGUGUAUAGAUUUUACUUUCUUAAAGGAGUUCUAUAUAAUUGAGGUUGCUGAGGGCUAUCCACCGAACAUGAAAAAAACUCUGCUGCUUCAUUUUCUGAACCUUUUUCAAAUAAAACAAUUAGACCAUGAUCACAUGGUGGUCGUAAUGCAAAUGCUCAUUCUUCCAAUGUUAGCUCAUGCCUUCCAGAAUGGCCAAACUUGGGAGGUCAUUGAUGCAGCUGCAGUCAAGAUAAUUGUUGACAAGCUUCUUGACCCUCCAGAGGAGGUAUCUGCUGACUAUGAUGAGCCCCUAAGGAUUGAGCUUCUACAGCUAGCCACACUGCUUCUCAAGCAUCUUCAGAAUGAUCUUGUUCAUCACCGCAAGGAACUCAUCAAAUUUGGCUGGAAUCAUCUCAAACGUGAAGACAGUGCCAGUAAGCAGUGGGCUUUUGUUAAUGUUUGCCACUUCUUGGAGGCCUACCAAGCUCCUGAGAAAAUUAUUCUGCAGGUUUUUGUCGCACUUUUAAGGACUUGCCAGCCAGAGAAUAAGAUGUUGGUCAAACAAGCCCUUGAUAUACUAAUGCCAGCACUUCCACGAAGAUUGCCUCUUGGCGAUUCUCGUAUGCCAAUUUGGAUACGUUACACAAAGAAAAUACUUGUCGAAGAAGGCCACUCAAUUCCUAAUCUUAUCCAUAUAUUCCAGCUCAUUGUCCGCCAUUCGGAUCUUUUCUACAGCUGUAGAGCACAAUUUGUGCCUCAGAUGGUGAAUUCUCUUAGUCGCCUAGGGUUGCCAUAUAAUACUACAGCAGAAAAUAGGCGUCUUGCAAUUGAACUUGCUGGAUUGGUUGUCAAUUGGGAAAAACAAAGGCAAAGUGACAUGAAGAAAGGGCCUACUAAUGAUGGAAAUGGUCAGAUUACUGAUGGAAUUGGUCAUGCCUCUGCUGCAGGAGAUCCUAAGCAUUCAGCUGAUGGGUCUUCAUUUUCUGAAGAUUCAAGUAAGCGUAUAAAGGUUGAACCAGGUCUGCAAUCCCUUUGCGUCAUGUCCCCUGUUGGUUCCUCUUCAAUUCCUAACAUCGAAACUCCUGGGUCUGCUGGGCAACCUGAUGAAGAGUUCAAGCCUAACGCGGCCAUGGAAGAGAUGAUCAUCAAUUUUCUCAUAAGAGUUGCUUUAGUGAUAGAGCCCAAGGAUAAGGAGGCCAGUUUAAUGUAUAAACAAGCUUUGGAGCUUCUAUCACAGGCUUUGGAAGUGUGGCCCAAUGCUAAUGUCAAAUUCAAUUAUUUAGAGAAGCUGCUGAAUAGUACUCCAUCCUCCCAAACGAAGGACCCAUCUUCAGCCCUAGCUCAAGGUCUGGAUGUGAUGAACAAGGUCCUGGAGAAGCAACCUCACUUGUUUGUUCGAAAUAAUAUCAACCAGAUAUCCCAAGUUCUCGAACCAUGUUUCAAGUUUAAAAUGAUAGAAGCUGGAAAGUCACUGUGCUCCCUGUUGAAAAUGGUUUCUGCUGCAUUUCAUCCAGAAGCAGUCAAUACGCCACAUGAUGUGAAGAUGCUGUAUCAAAAAGUGGAGGAGAUAGUACAGAAGAACCUUGCUGCUGUUGCAACUCAGAUUUCCGGAGAAGAUAAUUUUGGUAGCAUGAUUAGCUUUGUGCUGUAUAUCAUCAAAACUUUGUCAGAUGUGCACAAAAACUUGAUUAAUCCAUCGAAUUUGGUUCAUGUCCUUCAGCGCCUUGCAAGAGAUAUUGGAUUGUCAAGCGGCUCUUAUGCUAGACAAGGUCAGAGAUCUGAUCCAGAUUCUGCUGUAACUUCUUCUCGUCAAGGUUCUGAUUAUGGGAUUGCCAUUGCCAAUUUGAAAUCUGUUUUGACACUAAUCAGUGAAAAAGUCAUGAUUGUUCCAGAGUGCAAACGAUCUGUAACACAGAUUUUGAACUCCUUACUCUCUGAGAAGGGCACUGAUCCUUCUUUGCUUCUAUGCAUACUAGAUGUAAUAAAGGGAUGGAUUGAAGAUGAUUUUAGUAAACAGGGCACACCUUUUGCGUCUAGUAUGUUUCUUACUCCUAAAGAAGUUGUUGCUUUCCUUCAGAAGCUUUCACAAGUUGAUAAGCAGAACCUCUCUCCUAGUCUCGUAGAAGAGUGGGACAGGAAAUAUCUUGAUCUUCUUUUUGGACUUUGUGCUGACUUAUCUAAAUAUCCUUCUCCACUACGCCAAGAAGUCUUUGAGAAAGUAGAGAGGAAGUUCUUACUUGGUUUAAGGGCAAAAGAUCCUGACAUCCGGAUGAAGUUUUUCUCUCUUUAUCAUGAGGCCCUUGCGAAGACAUUGUUCACGAGACUGCAAUACAUUAUUCAAGUUCAAGACUGGGAGGCUUUAAGUGAUGUCUUUUGGCUCAAGCAAGGCCUCGAUCUUCUUUUGGCCAUUCUAGUCGAGGAUAAACCUAUUACACUGGCUCCGAACUCUGCAAGAGUUCCACCUCUUGAUGUAUCGGGUGCGAUUUCUGAUGGUGCUGGUGUGCAGCCAAUGGUUACUGAUAUUGUAGAAGGAUCUGAAGAGGCACCUCUAACCCUUGAUAGCCUCGUGUCUAAGCAUGGAGAGUUUCUGAACGAAAUGAGCAAACUUCGGGUUGCGGAUCUUAUUGUUCCACUGAGAGAGCUGGCCCAUACAGACGCAAAUGUUGCAUAUCAUUUGUGGGUCUUGGUGUUUCCUAUUGUUUGGAUGUCAUUACAUAAGGAAGAACAGAUAACACUAGCUAAGCCAAUGAUAGCUCUCUUAUCGAAAGACUAUCACAAGAAGCAGCAAUCAUAUCGCCCAAAUGUUGUGCAAGCUCUUUUAGAAGGACUCCAGUUAAGCCAUCCCCAGCCACGUAUGCCCAGUGAACUCAUUAAAUACAUUGGAAAGACUUACAAUGCAUGGCAUAUUGCAUUAGCACUGCUAGAAAGUCAUGUGAUGUUGUUCUUGAAUGACACAAAGUGUUCCGAGUCUCUGGCUGAGCUUUAUCGAUUACUGAAUGAAGAAGAUAUGAGGUGUGGUUUGUGGAAGAAACGGUCAGUUACUGCAGAAACCAGAUCUGGUCUUUCACUUGUUCAGCAUGGUUAUUGGCAACAGGCACAAAGCCUUUUCUAUGAAGCUAUGGUGAAGGCUACUAAAGGAACUUACAACGAUACUGUACCGAAAGCUGAGAUGUGUCUUUGGGAAGAGCAGUGGCUUCAUUGUGCUACUCAACUCAGUCAAUGGGAUGUGCUGGUGGACUUCGGCAAAAUUGUCGAGAAUUAUGAAAUACUACUAGAUAAUCUCUGGAAAAAACCUGACUGGGCAUAUCUGAAAGAUCAAGUUAUUCCAAAAGCUCAAGUAGAAGAAACUCCCAAACUUCGUACUAUCCAAGCAUAUUUUGCCCUUCAUGAAAAAAGUAUAAAUGGUGUGACGGAGGCCGAAAACUUAGUGGGUAAAGGUGUUGAUCUUGCCUUGGAUCAGUGGUGGCAAUUGCCUGAAAUGUCCAUUCAUGCAAGAAUCCCUCUUCUUCAGCAAUUUCAGCAGCUAGUUGAAGUUCAAGAAUCAGCUAGGAUUGUAGUGGAUAUUGCCAAUGGAAAUAAACUUUCUGGUAAUUCUGUCGGUGGGCACAGUGGUCUAUAUGCAGAUCUCAAGGAUAUCCUUGAGACAUGGAGACUGAGAACUCCAAAUGAAUGGGACAAUAUGUCUAUUUGGUAUGAUUUGCUUCAAUGGAGAAAUGAGAUGUAUAAUGCGGUUAUCGAUGCAUUUAAGGAUUUUGGCAAUACAAAUCCUCAGCUACAUCAUCUUGGGUUCCGUGACAAGGCAUGGAAUGUCAAUAAGCUUGCCCAUAUUGCCCGCAAGCAUGGCUUGUAUGAUGUUUGUGUGUCUAUACUAGAUAAAUUGUAUGGCCACUCUACUAUGGAAGUUCAGGAGGCUUUUGUUAAAAUAAGAGAACAAGCAAAGGCAUAUUUGGAAAUGAAGGAAGAGCUAGUAACUGGUCUUAAUUUGAUAAAUAAUACUAACCUCGAGUAUUUUCCUAUCAAACAACACAAGGCUGAAAUUUUUCGCCUGAAGGGUGAUUUUUUGUUAAAGCUCAAUGAUUGUGAAGGUGCUAAUAUUGCGUAUUCAAAUGCGAUCAGUCUCUUCAAGAACUUGCCUAAAGGAUGGAUUAGUUGGGGAAAUUAUUGUGACAUGGCUUACAGAGAAACCCAUGAAGAGAUUUGGUUGGAAUACGCUGUGAGCUGCUUUCUUCAGGGCAUCAAAUUUGGGAGUCCUAAUUCCAGAAGUCAUCUAGCCCGUGUUCUGUACCUACUCAGUUUUGACUCCUCCAAUGAGCCAGUAGGGAGGGCAUUUGACAAAUACUUGGAUCAAGUGCCUCACUGGGUUUGGCUUUCUUGGAUUCCUCAACUAUUGUUAUCCUUGCAAAGGACUGAAGCUCCACAUUGCAAACUUGUUUUACUUAAAAUUGCCACUGUAUAUCCUCAGGCAUUGUAUUACUGGCUGCGAACGUAUUUGCUCGAACGGCGUGACGUUGCAAACAAAUCUGAAAAUGGUAGGAUGGCCGCUCAGAGAAUGCAACAAAAUGUCUCUGGUCCUUUUGUUUCUGGUUCUAUUGGCUUGGCCAGCGGAAGUUCACGAGUGGCCGGUCAGAUUGGCAGUUCGUUAGCCUCAGACAGUCAGAUUCACCAAGGAGUUCAAUCUACUGGAGGUCUUGGUUCGCAUGAUGGCAGUAGCUCUCAGGUGCAAGAACCUGAAAGGUCUGCUACUGUUGAAGGCAGUAUACCGUCUGGUAAUGAUCAAUCAUUGCAUCAGAGUUCGUCCAACAACGAUAUUGGUCAGAAUGCAUUGAGGCGUAACUCAGCAUUGGGAUUUGUUGCCUCUGCUGCUAGUGCUUUUGAUGCUGCCAAAGACAUAAUGGAGACUCUUAGAAGCAAACACACCAAUCUGGCUAGCGAACUCGAGAUUUUGCUGACAGAAAUUGGCUCAAGAUUUGUUACCUUGCCAGAGGAGAGGCUUCUGGCAGUUGUUAAUGCUCUGCUUCACCGGUGUUACAAGUACCCAACAGCCACUACGGCAGAAGUUCCCCAGUCUCUCAAAAAGGAGCUUUCUGGUGUUUGCAGAGCUUGUUUUUCUGCAGAAGCUUUGACCAAGCAUGUUGAAUUUGUGGAUGAGUACAAAACGGAUUUUGAACGUGAUCUUGACCCAGAAAGUACUGCCACAUUUCCGUCAACCCUUGCUGAACUAACCCAAAGAUUAAAGCAUUGGAAAAAUAUUCUCCAGAGAAAUGUUGAGGACAGGUUUCCAGCUAUUUUGAAACUGGAAGAUGAAAGCAGGGUGUUGCGAGACUUCCACGUUGUUGAAGUGGAAGUACCUGGACAAUAUUUUACUGAUCAGGAGGUUGCACCAGAUCAUACGGUUAAGUUAGACAGGGUGGGAGCUGACAUUCCAAUUGUAAGAAGGCAUGGAAGCAGUUUCCGGCGAUUAACUUUAAUUGGGUCUGAUGGAUCCCAGCGACAUUUUAUAGUUCAGACAUCUUUGACGCCAAAUGCUAGAAGUGAUGAACGAAUCUUGCAACUCUUUCGGGUGAUGAAUAGAAUGUUUGAUAAACAUGAGGAAUCACGGCGCCGACAUAUCUGCAUUCACACACCAAUUAUCAUACCAGUGUGGUCACAGGUCCGUAUGGUUGAAGAUGAUCUGAUGUACAGCACUUUCCUGGAGGUAUAUGAGAAUCAUUGUGCUAGAAAUGACCGAGAAGCAGAUUUACCUAUCACUUAUUUCAAAGAGCAACUGAAUCAAGCCAUAUGUGUACAGAUAUCACCUGAAGAGGUGGUAAAUCUUCGUCUUGAAGCUUACAAUGAUAUUAUAAAAAAUAUAGUGACAGACAGCAUAUUCUCACAGUAUAUGUACAAAACUUUGUCAAGUGGAAAUCAUAUGUGGGCAUUUAAAAAGCAGUUUGCCAUCCAGUUGGCUCUUUCAAGUUUUGUGUCGUUCAUGCUACAAAUUGGAGGAAGGUCUCCAAACAAGAUUCUUUUUGCUAAGAACACUGGGAAAAUUUUCCAGACAGAUUUUCAUCCAGCAUAUGAUGCAAAUGGGAUGAUUGAGUUUAAUGAACCAGUGCCUUUCCGCCUAACAAGGAAUCUGCAGGCCUUUUUCUCUCAUUUUGGAGUGGAAGGCCUUAUUGUCACAGCCAUGUGUGCGGCUGCUCAAGCUGUGGUUUCACCUAAACAAAGUCAGCAUAUUUGGCAUCAUUUGGCUAUGUUUUUCCGUGAUGAGUUGAUAUCUUGGUCCUGGAGAAGACCUCUUGGAAUGCCUCUUGCUCCUGUUGUUGGAGGGGGUAGUUUGAACUCUGCUGACCUAAAACUGAAGGUCACGACUAACAUUGAGCACGUUAUAGGGCGGAUCAAUGGAAUAGCUCCAUCGUACAUCUCUGAAGAGGAUGAAAGUAGUACGGAUCCACCUCAAUAUGUUCAGAGGGGUGUAACAGAGUUGGUUGAAGCUGCUCUCACUCCAAGAAACUUAUGCAUGAUGGAUCCAACAUGGCACCCUUGGUUCUAAUAAGCUCCAGUCUUUUGGAGUUGAAUACAAUGCAAAUAUUGUCUAUUUACUGUAAAUAGUUUGCAACUUAAGACAGUAAAUGUGGCUCUUGGCCAAAAACUUGACUUUCACUAAAUGAGCAAGAAAAGUCGUGUCUUAUGUUUGUAACGCUUCACACUUUUUGUUGGCUCAUUUUCUCCAGCCAAUAAUGCAUAUUAUUAUUUUAAAUGAGCAUAUCUAAUGCAUUUUCUCCA